UAUAUAAAAUAUAUAUCUAGCUAAAAUUGUAGAGAGCACUAAUAAUGGAGAAGGUGGAGGUGUAUGCAAUUCCUAGAGUGAAGUUAGGCUCCCAGGGAUUAGAGGUGUCUAAGCUAGGGUUUGGGUGCAUGGGCCUCUCUGGAUUUUACAACUCUCCGGUCGACGACGAGGCCGGCUUAGCCGUCAUCAAGCGGGCCUUCGAGAGCGGCAUCACCUUCUUCGACACCUCCGACGUCUACGGGCCGCGCACCAACGAAAUCUUAGUCGGCAAGGCGUUGAAACAACUGCCUAGGGAGAAGGUGCAACUGGCGACGAAGUUCGGAGUCGUAGGGUUCGACCUAACGAAGCAAACCCAGCAAAUCAACGGUAGGCCGGAGUACGUCCGAGCCUGCUGCGAGGCGAGCCUUGAGAGGCUCGGUGUGGAAUACAUCGACCUCUAUUACCAGCACCGAAUCGACCAAACCGUGCCCAUUGAGGAAACCAUGGGGGAGCUAAAGAAGUUGGUGGAGGAGGGAAAAGUGAAGUACAUCGGGCUCUCGGAGGCGAGCCCGGACACAAUCCGGCGAGCCCAUGCGGUGCACCCAAUCUCCGCGCUUCAAAUGGAGUGGUCACUUUGGACUCGCGAGAUAGAGUCCGACAUCGUGCCACUUUGCAGGGAGCUGGGAAUUGGAAUUGUUUCUUAUAGCCCUCUUGGCCGAGGCUUUUUUGCUGGGAAAGGACUCACAGAAGAAUUACCACAAAAUUCAUUUCUGCAAUCACAUCCGAGGUUUUCCGGAGGGAACUUGGAGAAGAACAAGCCUUUGUACAUGAGAUUGGAAAACCUAGCUAUGAAGCAUCAAUGCACCCCUGCUCAACUAGCUCUAGCUUGGGUUCUUCAUCAAGGGGAUGAUGUUGUUCCAAUCCCAGGGACAACCAAGAUUAGGAACUUGGAUAGCAACAUUGGCUCAUUGAAAGUAAAACUCACCGAGGAAGAUGUGAAGGAAAUAUGCGAUGCGGUGCGCGAGGAAGACGUUGUGGGUCUGCGAACGAAUGGCCCGUACCUCUCUAAUACGUGGAGGCGCGCGAAUACUCCUGCGAAGAACACCGAAUCUGCUGCUUAAGACCUUCGAAUUGCCUUGCGAUCGCCAAGCGCUCUUUGCUUGAUUGAUAUUGUUCUACAACUUUCUUUACGACGCUAAAAAGUAUAAUAGAUUGGCAGAAAGGGCGUUUAUGAUCCUCUGUUGAAAGUUCUGUUGUACUAAAUUUGUGGAUUAUGAGAAAUGAUUAAAGUGCUUCUUUAUUUAUGAAAUUGAUCAAAUCA